AUUUCCGCUUCGUACAAUAAUAACAUAGGAAGUGAAGUGGGGGUAAUAAUGACACGAUUAUAGUCCGGAAACACGAAARGUCCGAUUGAAUCGCCUGUGGCAGUGUUGAACGAUGUUCAAAAGACGAAAUCGCAGAGAAAGGUGUGCCAAAGUGCGAAAAUUGGAAGAAGCAAUCCUGCCAACUGCCAAACUGCGAUUCUGUCCCGAGCAACUCCAAAAUUUGAACUACAUUUUCCAGAAACGGCUGCAGGAGAAAAUCGCGCAAAGUGCGGAAAAGUCGCUUUUACUGGCAAGGUCAGUGACGGAAAGGUUGGUCCAAAGGCUGGUGUGCAGUGCGGGGAUUUUGGACCCCAGAUUCGCCUCCAAAUUCCUGAUAGCCAAUCAUGACAGACUCGCAGGAAAUUUACCGUCAACUGACUUGGAGUAUAUCCUCAGGAUUGACUCGCUUUCAACCCCAACUCUCUACGAAAGCGACCCCAAACCGCGAUACUCGAUUAUUGAAGCCGAUCCUGAGUAUCCUCCCGGUUAUGCUCGGCUGCGCCUCCACACCACCACCAUGAAACUGUGGGGGGAUUGUGCCAAUUCGGCAGGAUUUCUACGCCGUGACAAAGUCCAGGCGAAAUUAGUGGAACUUUUGGCUCAAGCCUCAGCUAGUGACACCCCAAACUCGCCCUUAAACAUCGACGAGUCCAUUCUUUGUGGAACUCCGGGAAAAAUCGUCGAUGCAAACACACUGUACCACAUUUUGAAAAUACCAAGUAACAGACACGUGUUUUACGGCCCUUCCGGAAACGUCCCUCGAUUUCCGGACCCGAGAGACUUCCGGUUAGCCAUUGUGGACGAACCCGGAGGCGCCCGGAUUAAAGUCGAGUUUUUAUCACCGGCUUUGGCCAAUAUCACCAUAGAUGUGCGGAUUUUGAUUGGGAUUGGCGUCGAUUCGUGGCCUUCUACGACUAAUUUCCCCUCAAGGGUUACGUUGGGGCACACUGACUGUCUUCUGUACCACCAGGCGGCCCAAACUGGAAUGUACUUGAUAGGGUUUGGGGUGCAGUCCUCGGCAUGGCAAAUCCGCCUCCCGGCCGCCCAGGACACAAUUUUGAAUCAUUACGGCCCUAAUAGCACCGUCCGAACAAUCCUCGACGUACUUUUCGACGCUUUGGACGAAAUUGCCAAAAUUCGUCAAAUGAAAAAACAAUCAUCUUACAAAAUUCUAAAUCGCUACAUUUUUCUAACAAUGCUGUUUAGGAGACUUGAGGAGGCCUCAACGACACCCUCUGAUGACCUUUUAGAGUGGUCGCCGAUGUAUCUCUCGACACACGUCCUCAAAAUUUUGGACAAAACAAUCGAGAUUUUGCGCGAGCAAAACUACGCCAAUUAUUUUUUCAAAAAGUCAAAUUUGUUGGUCAAUCCGGGGCAUUUGUGCGAAGAUGACUACAUAAUAGAGGCAAAUAACGUAAAAUCUUACAUUAUUCGACUGUUUGAUGAAGCGUUAAUGUCAACAAGAAACGACCAAGAGUUUAAUAAAGUCAUUACGGCACAAGAGAGCGAAACUUUAUUACUCUACAAGUGGAAGGAUUUUAUUGACAGUCUUUUGCCACCGAGUGGGACUAGAGCCCGGCGUUUUUGCUUCGCAGGGUCCAACAGUAGGGAAGUUGCCCACACUGAAUAUACAGGGCGUCAACUGGAAUAUAUAGGGUUGCUCUUGCAAAAUUUACUAAAUGUCAAACAAGCAAUUUUGGCGAGUGAGACCUACAUGGUUGAGGAUCCAGUGAUCAAAAUUGAGGCAAAUGUUGAGGAAAGUCAUCUAGAGGAUGUCAUUUAUCUCUUGGUGACAAUCAUGGACCAAGCUAGAGAUAAAUACUUGUCGAGUCAAACAAACCCAACAACUGUGAAAAACCGACCAAAAAUCAAAGUCCAAUUCAAUUCCUACACCUCAAAACUCAUCGACUCGAUUCGGAAAGACAAGGAAACGUCACAUUUGACUUUUGAGGAUGAUUUGAGUUUAGUCAAAGUGACACUUAAGUGGCUUUACAGAGCCAUGGAUCAGAAUAAGCGUUGUCUGGCACCGAUUUUGAGGCCCUAUUUGCAUACACUUUUCGCUACCUCACACUCAAUUUCCUGGCAUCUGGAUUUCAUCAAACAGAGAAUGAACCGGGACGAGGUCACCGCUUUGGGCUAUUUUGCGAAAUUGGUGAAUUCGACGAAAAUCACCCCAGCUGAAGGGUUGAUAGACGCGGUGAACAAAAACUGGUUAUGGGCCAAGUCAAUGCUAAAAAUGGUCGAAAAAAAUACCUUGAGGGUGGUUUUUGUCACCGGGAGAGGGAAAGUCUAUCGACACAUCUUAUCGUUGCCUUCUUAUCAGAGAAACAAGUCCAUGGAGGAAACUGAUAAGAAAAAACAACACACAUUGCCGGCAAAUCGCAAUUAUUUUAGCACGAUUUUGAACCAAAAAUUCCGUGAUGAUUUUCCUGAAGCCACCCCUCAACACGAUAUUUUAAAAUUUUCAAGUCCUUUGACUCUAGUUUUGAACGAGUGUAAUCGAAAGGGCCAACACCGUGGCUAUGGUGACAUUUUAAAGUCCCUCCAGUCGAUGCAGAAAUUGAAUAUGUUUCAGCAAGCCGCCUCAAAUUUGCCUCAAGAGGACCGUUGCGAGAUCAUGGAGGUGAUUCAGACGAUGCAAUCGAUUAAAAAAACGUCGAAAAAAUGGUCAAAUACCCUGCCACAGUCACAUAGGAUUGCCCCCAAAUCGGAGAAGUAUACCCCGAAAGAGGAGAGUGCGGGAGUACCACGCGAUGGGAGUCACAAGAAGCGAGGAGAAGUGGGGCAAAGUGGGGGUUUGAUUGGGAGUUGUCGGGCGGCGAGGAUUAGGGAGGAUAGUAGUGUUUUGCUGUUUCAGGAUUCGUUUAAGAUUAAGUCCUUGUUGAAUAAGAGCGAGUCGUUCAAAUUUUAAUAAAGUUUAAUCAACAAUU